AUGGAGGACCCAAUGUCAACUCCCCGGAUGCAACCUCCCCCUUUCAAUGGCAAAUCUGCGAUUUCCAAGGAGCAGCUCCUUUCAUCCUCGCCAGGAUUUGGCACCCCAGCAUACCCCAUCGUCAGUCGGCCACCAGAGCUCAAGCAACCACUGAGCGGGAAUUCGAGUACGACAGUAGACAAUGUGCCCACGGUACUCCCCAUCCUGCUCCCGCCGCAAGCGCUUCGUCGGAUAGCCUUCAAAGUAUUGAACAAGACGCAUGAUCUGGACCUUCGAACCUCGGGCCUCAAUCUUCUGGCAACAUUUAUCGGCAAAUACUGUGGGAGUGGAUGGCGCAGCGAGAGCCUGGCAGAAAGAGUGCUCGACGAGGUCGGGAAGCUAUGGAAGAGAAAUGGAGGUGGUCAUUUUGUGGAAGAUGGGCCGGACAAAAAGUUGGCCAACAUCCUCAAGUUACUCGAGCCAUGCAUGUCUGGCGGACGGAUAGACCCAGCAAAACUGUCUAGAGCGAACAGCGCCACGAAUACCCCUGAUAUCUCACGGACAACUUCAUUCAAAGACCGGCCCGGCGCAAGCAGAGAUGACAGCCAGACGAGUCUGGGUGUUUCGGGACUGCAAAUUGGGCGAAAUGGAGACCAAGACGAGGAUGAACACGAAGCAGAGACGCAAGCCGACCCCCGGUCAUACUUGAAAGUGAUAUCAGCGUUUGAACAGCCUCGAAUGCUGUACUCGACCUCCAAGAAGUGCUUCGAGCCCAUGGCUGGCCCGCCCAGCCUUCUUCCGCCUAUACAACAUAAAAUAUCCAUGUUUCGGAACCGAUAUCAUGUGGUCCAUCAGCGACUGCUAAGGAACGAGUCCUUCCAAGCACCAACAUUUUCUACGAUUACACGACCACCGAGCCUCAUGCAUUCGGGAAGCAGCGUGGCGACACUCCAGCAAGCGUACAAACUUACGCCUAUUUCGAACCUGCUGGGCAGGUCCGGAACAUCACAUUUACUCCUGGGCAUGCUCGUACAUUCUGCCGCUGGCGACCUAGCGCUAUCAGAUCUCUCCGGUAGUGUUGUCCUUGACAUGUCCAUUGCCCGACCGAUUCCAGAAAACGGGGCAUGGUUCUGUCCCGGGAUGAUAGUACUGGUUGAGGGAACGUACGAAGAGGACGGGUCGCACAAUUCCUCGCUAGGCUCGGCAACAGGUGUGGGGGGCCAGAUCAAGGGCCACUUCAUUGCCGAUACGAUGGCAGGGCCGCCAGCCGAGCGACGAGCAAUGACCAUAGGCUCUGCCUCGGAACAGAACGACAGCCAUACGAACGUGGGUGCCGGGUAUGGAUGGAUCGACUUUCUGGGUGUAGGGAGUGAGAAGGGCAUCGGGUCACAGAUGAGGAAGAUUCAGAAAAGGAUAUUUGGUUCUCCCGCACCUUCCGCUUCUGGGUCAGAAACCAGCUUCCAGGAUACCGGUGGCACUGAUCAAGAGCAACAAGAGCAACAGCCGUCACGGACAAAGAUCGCCAUCCUGGGUGAAUGUAACCUAGACAGUCCGCGCACGCUUGAAGCCAUCCGCGCCAUUCUGUCCUCCUACACCUCGGCCAGCAGUGACAUUGUGGACCUACCUCUGUCGAUCGUACUGAUGGGCAACUUCGUGUCGGCAGCCAGCAUGGCCGGCUCCACGAAGGGCGGCGGCAGCGUCGAAUACAAAGAACACUUUGAUGCCCUGGCGUCGAUGCUUGCCGAGUUUCCCACUCUUUUAUCGACCACCACCCUCAUAUUCGUCCCAGGCGACAACGACCCAUGGGCCAGUUCCUUCUCCGCGGGCGCCGCAUGCCCUCUUCCACGGCAGGGUAUCCCCGAGGUUUUCACGUCGAGGGUCCGACGAGCCAUUGCCACGGCCAACGCCGAGCACCACGGCAAGAAGGAUAAGAAGGACUCAUCGCCUCCCGGCGAGGCGGUAUGGACGUCCAACCCUGCGCGAAUCAGCUUGUUUGGGCCGUUGGAGGAAAUCGUUUUGUUUCGGGAUGACAUCACCAGCCGAUUUCGAAGGAACGCCGUCAGCUUCUCUAAACUGGACGAAGAUGAAGAUGAAGACGACGUCAUGAUGACAGUAACGGAAGAACAGGACAACAUGACCCAAACGGACAGUAAUGGCGCGGAGAGCCAGGAAGAUACAGCAGCGCCUGGAGACAACGACAACGCAAACAAUUUUCCCGAUUCAGCUGUCCACGAGGCCACGUCCCAUAUCCCUUCGACAAGAUCGAACAGCAGCAGCAACAAUAACAACAGUUACACUUUACACGCCGCGCGCAAAUUGAUCAAAACCGUUCUGGAUCAGUCGCAUCUUGCACCGUUCCCGCCCUCAAUCCGCCCUGUGUUCUGGGACCAUGCCACUUCAUCGCUCUCGCUGUACCCUUUACCGACGGCUUUGGUGUUGGCCGAUGCCGAAACACCAGGGUUUGCAAUCACCUAUGAGGGUUGUCAUGUCAUGAACCCUGGGAGGGUGGUGGAUGAACUGGCGUUGAGCAGGGCCACUACAGCCAGGGGAGCCGGCGUCGCGCGGUGGGUGGAAUAUGAUGUUCAGACUGCUAGAGGAGAGAUGAGGGAUGUAAGGUUUUAA